AUGUUGUUCCUCGGUUUGGCCUCUUUUCUGUUUCUCCUACGUUUUGCCCUCUUGCAUGUGCAUGGCGCGCAAACAUUCUGGCCAUUAGCGAUACCAUUUGCUGUUCGCACACCUUACUUGAACUCAUGGAUGUACACAACGAAAACGUUGGAGAACAUUACAAACGACUGGCCAACUUUCUGGAACGGAGCGACUCAUGGAUGGCUCUGUUACAUCCGAGUGGACGGAAGGACGUACACUUUGUUUGGCGACAAUGAUCUCCCGAGCAACUACUCUGUGACAGCCGGAACCUUGGUUCAGACGGAAGUGACUCCAACUCGUACCAUACAAGUCAUCCAAGCUGGCCCUAUGGCCAUUACGUUGACGUUUCUGACGCUCGCGCCAGUGAUGCCCCCGUCCGACCUCGUACGCCAAUCUCUUCCGUUCGCCUAUGUGGCUGUGAACUUCACAUCCACCAAUGGCCAACCACAUGACAUUCAGCUGUAUUCGGACAUGGAUGGAGGAUGGCUGUACGGUGGCAACGCGGCUCAGCAGAUACAGUGGAGUGUGCCGACACAAACCGGGAACAUCAUCUAUCUUGAAUCUCAGCUCGUGAAUCCGACACCUUUUCAGGAACAUGAAGGACAAGGGUUGGAUGGUGCAGCGUACAUUGCGAUGGAGCUGGUACGACGCAAUGUCACUUCGCAGACUUGCCAAGACAUCGUCUGCCGCGAAGAGUUCUUAAAUAUUGGUCACCUAAACGCAAAUGACAACAAUCAAACCUUUCGAGGCAUAGAUGUUGACUGGCCGAUCUUCCCGAUGUCGGUCGACUUGGGAAGCGUUGCUUCUCUGGAAUCACCCGUUGUCUGGGCGGUUGGCUAUGUACGCGAUCCCAGCAUCAGUUACCCACUGUUAGGAAACACGGCAUCCCUCCGCCCGUACUAUACAACACAGUACCCUACCACCGAAGAGGCCUUGGAGUUCUUCAUCUCCGAUUUCGACAACUCGCUGACUCAGGCAAACUUGCUCGAUACGCAAGUCCGUGAAGCGGCUUCAAGCAUUUCGGCUGACGGCAAACUGUACGACAUGCUUUCGCUCGCCACUCGCCAGGUGUUCAGCUCUCUCGAGAUAACGGCUCCCUAUCAGUCGGACGCCACGACUAGGAUCUUCAUGAAAGACUUGGGCACCAGCCAACGCGUCACUCCCGUGGAGAAGUUGUACGCCGCACUGCCCUUGUUCUUGUACUACAAUGCCUCGCUAGUCAAGCCACUCCUGGUACCGCUCCUUGAACAACAGAAUACGUCGUUGGGCGAAUAUCCGUACGCAUCGAAAGACCUUGGCUCCUUGUUCCCGGCUGUAUCUGGUCCGAACCUGACAUCUACAGAGGCAAUCGAACUGGUAAUUGCAGAAUCCGGGAACAUGCUCAUCAUUGCACUCGCUCACGCCAAUUACUCGAACGAUACAUCGCUGCUCCAUGGCUAUUAUCCCUUGCUCAAGAAUUGGGCAGAGUAUUUGACGGGACAUGGGCCAUUUCCUCCUCAGGGCCAAUUAUCUGUCGAUGACGGAAGUGACGCUACAAACUCGACCAACCUGGCGGUGAAGGGUAUCUUUGCCAUCCAGGCCAUGGCGGAGAUCAGUCAAUUAGUCGGGCAGAGUAAUGAUUCUGAGCACUUCAGCAGCACAGCGACCAACUUUAUGAACACAUGGCAACCGCUUGCCAUAUCGUCAGGAGGCGCCUCUGCGUCCGUGAAUCCGACGUUGAACUCGGCAGUCACAGGCGUCUGGUCUUUACCGUAUAAUCUCUACCCGCAGACUCUGUUCGGAUUUAAUCUCUUGAACCAGACAGUACGUCAUUGUGUUGUUUACGGGAAUGCGCUGCUGAUUUCGCCACACAGUGGCUUGACAAGCUUACUGUCAUGUAUGGGCAGUGGAUCCAACCUGAAACUGGUAAGGAUCGUUUUUCGUUGCGUUCAUGUCGAUUACUCAACGCUUUCCCAGCCAACUAUACGCAUGGGUUGCCGAUGCAGAGCUCAGCACAAUCGCUUGGCAACGUAG